AUGGGCGUGAAGACCCAGUCAGCUAAAUGGAGCAAUGCAGCUAUAUCCGUUAUUCCAUCACCAAUUUUGGAGGGAGAUAAUUUUGCUACGCUUCAAGUGGUUAGGCACGCUCUAUAUGCAGAGGCCGAGGAGGUUGCUAAGUACACAGGUGUCCCUGAACUUGACAUGAGCCCAAAAAUUGUCAUUGAAUGCAUCUUGUACAGGGCACUGAAACACAAGCUGAGCAUCAACUGGGAGUCCCAUGGCUCUAACUAUUGGGUAUGUGAUGGGAUUAUACAGGAAGGCACUGAUGGCGGUAGGUCAGCAUGGGAGAUCAACGAUGCUUUGCAGAGGAACAUGAGCCUGGACUUUUGUAGUGUGUGUACUGAAGUAAUCUGUCGAGCGCUGAGUAGUGAACAGAAGAGGUGUAUCAAACGCUGGGUUUCUGUUAUCAACCAGAAUUCCACGGAAGUCCAAUUGACAUCUCAGGCAACAUCCUUCUGUACAACAAGUGGACCAUCAGUUGAUCACAACAGAACCCGGCGGGUUGUAGAAGCAGGCAUGUUUGAGCAUUCAGAUAGGACGACCAAUCUGCGUGUGAUUCAUCUCUCCCACUGCACCUUCAGUUUUUCAUCUCCUCCCUUCGCGAGUUGCAGCAACCUAAGAUUCCUCCUGCUUGACCACUGCAAAAACAAUGACGCACAAGAACUUGGUGAAGAAAAGGAAUGCCAUCAUCAUAACAACUGUAGCCAACAAGAUGGCAGAGCAUGCUUCCGGAAUCUAUGGGUGCUAGAGCUGAGUUAUACAGACUGGUACUGGCUGCUAUCGAAAGACAUGUUGGAUCUGAUGGUUGACCUCACGGAGUUGAAUGUGAAAGGAGCUGGUAACCAGAGCAUCAUGCAUCUACAUCGUUGCAGUGGUGCCGGAAGCAACAGUCGCAGUUUAAUCAAGCUUCGAGUGGUGGCUGAUGAUUCAAAUAAGGCUGCUCCGGACAAUGAUGAUGGUUCUAGUGGUGAUAGAAAUCAACAAGUAUCUCCAGCAGUGGUAGCAUCAUCGUUUUUCCCAGACCUGUCAAGUCGGCACAUCCUCAAGACAGUCAUCCUUGAUGGUUGUAGUAACCUGGAGCAAAUUGACUGCAACGCCCUACCCCUGUCACUAGAGUCAUUUACUUUGAUCAGCAGUGUCACUGCCAGUAGUAAGAUAAAGAGGAUCUCCUUACAGGGGUGCACCAAAUUGAAGAGCCUAUUAUUGAGAGGGUUGUUUGAUAGCCUUGUGGAGCUGGACAUGUCUGGUACAGCAAUUAGAACCCUUGACCUUAGUGCAACGCAAACCUGGGGCCUCAGGCGACUCUUCUUGUUAGGAUGUGAGAAGCUGUGCGCGAUAUUAUGGCCACAGGAGGCAACCAAGGAGAUAUUGUUGGAGAUUUUGCGCAUUGACACCACCAUUACCACCUUUGCAGCAUGGGACAGGGAAGAAGGAAAGUCCAACAAGCAGCAAGAGGCUACUGCUAGUGACGGUUCAAGUAUUAGUAUAGGGUCAUCAUCAUUAGCAAUGGUGUGUGGCAAGGACCGAACAAUCAUCGACUCGGAUUCAUAUAUUUCCAUAAGGGAUCCAAUGCUUUUUCGUUCACUUGAGAGCUUGAGACAUGGAAAAUGGUUGCACGUGGAGAUUUCAUCUACUGGACCAGGUGACAAAGGUACCAGUCAAGGAAUUAAUACUAGCGGUGGUUGUGGCAGCGCUGCUGUAAAUGUGCACAAGCCAGGUGGAAGCUUGUACGCUGAUGACAUCAUCAUCAUUUCCACAUCUAAUGGCAGCAACUCGCAAGCUGAUGAUGAUGCCAUUAGAGAUGUCUUUAAGGCCGCCUUAGUGAUGAGGAGGCGCAAGUGGUUAUGGGGUUGCCCGCCUAUUCCUGAGGAUUCUGAUUGGGCUCACUGCUACAUUAGCAUACAAGAUGAGCCACAGACCGAACAGUUAAUAAAUAGAGCCACAACUCUACCAGCACUUGUGAGCAGGGAUGCUAAGACCUUGCACUUACAUGAUAGCCUGUUCAUCACGUCUCCCAGGGCCUGCACCUACUGCCGCUGA